CAUGCUGUUCCGGAAGCAGCACCACUUCGACGCCAUGAUGGCGUUCAAUAUCCGCGUGCUGACGGCGUUGGGAUUCUGGGGUGAGUCGGGCAUCGAGCUGCGUGCCACGCUGCAGUAUCUGGCCUACACCACGUGGUUCAUUCCCCCGGGAGUCCUUUUCUGCGUGCGCCAGCAGCCGUCCUCGAAGUUGAUGCUCAAAAGUGUGUACGAGCUGGUGGCCGCCGGAAGUUGCAUCAUUCGGAUUGGGAACUUGUACGUGUUCAAUGGCACUCUGCAGAAGGCGUUCAACGAGGUGCAGUUUGCGUUGGGUGAGCUGUCCCGAGAUAGUAGUGAUGCCGUACGGAAGGUUCUGAAUCAUCUCACCAUAUCUGCUGACUACAUAUGCAAAGGUUACGGCGGGAUGCUCAUAAUCCAGUGUUUGCUGUUUGGACCGGCCCAAGGUUUGGUUUCGAUAUUGAAGUAUUUUGUUUGGGGCGAAGAUCCAAAGUAUUCUCUCUUGGAAGCUGACUAUCUGAUUUACAACCAGUACAGCAACUUUAACGUCUGGUUACUAACAAUGCUAGCCUCCACUUGCGCUUUGUACGUUCUGGUGUUCGCUCUAUUAUCUCACGAAACUUUUUACUGGAAUAUAUUGCAUCAUGUUUCGUACCUGUUCAAAAUAAUUCGCCUUAAAAUUCUGGAACUAGACGAUUGCAGUACGCCGAAGCAGUUUCACGAGCAACUCUCAAUCGUUGUGGAAAUGCACGAACGAGCUUUUAAAAGCACUCGUCUACUGGAGCAAGCAAUCAGUGCCAUGAUGAGCUUUCUCUACUUAUCGUUCAUAACAAUUAUGUGCUCAAUGCUGUUGGUCUUCACCGUCAUUCAGCCAGACCUCGGUUUCCUGCUGAUGAUGAGCGUAGCCCUGCAGUACAACGUGUUUCUCAUCUUUACCUUUUCGAUGCUGGGCACCGAGUUGACCGAAGCGAGUCUGUCCGUCUCGGACGCCGUAUAUUCGAUUCGUUGGUAUGAAAAAUCACCCGCCGAACGACGACUGCUGCUAUUCGUUCAGAUGAGAGCGCAAAAACAGGCCGCCAUAACGGCGGCGAAGUUCUUCUACCUGACGAGGACCUCCUUUGCGACGGCUAUCAAAAAAACAUUCUCGUACUUCACGGUCAUCCUUCAAUUCUAUGGAUAACUCAACUAAAAUUGUUGGGCAUGCCAACCCAAGCAACUUUGUCAAA